AUGUCACAAGCAACUGCUGAUAUCGGUCUUAUCGGUUUGGCUGUCAUGGGCCAAAACCUUAUCCUCAACAUGAACGACCAUGGGUUUGUGGUGUGUGCAUUUAAUCGAACUGUAUCCAAAGUCGACCACUUUUUGGAGAAUGAAGCCAAAGGAACAAAUAUCAUUGGUGCUCACAGCGUUGAAGAGUUUUGCAGCAAACUCAAGCGACCUCGCAAGAUCAUGCUUCUCGUCAAAGCUGGACCUGCUGUGGAUGAAUUCAUCAAGACAUUGCUGCCGCAUUUAGAGAAAGGCGAUAUCAUCAUUGAUGGUGGCAACUCCCAUUUCCCCGACACCAACCGUCGUUGCAAGGAGUUGGCAGAUCAAGGCAUUUUGUUUGUUGGCUCUGGUGUUUCGGGUGGUGAAGAAGGUGCACGCUAUGGUCCUUCGUUAAUGCCUGGUGGUAACCCCGCUGCAUGGGAACAUAUCAAACCCAUCUUCCAAUCCGUCGCUGCCAAAGCACCCGAUGGCCAACCAUGUUGCGAUUGGGUCGGCGAAGGUGGUGCAGGCCACUAUGUAAAGAUGGUACACAAUGGCAUUGAAUAUGGCGACAUGCAAUUGAUUGCUGAAGUGUAUCAAAUCAUGAAAGAAGCGCUUGAUUUGACUGAAGAUCAAAUGGCCGAUAUCUUUGAACAAUGGAACAAGGAAGAGCUCAAUUCAUUCUUGAUUGAAAUCACACGUGAUGUGCUGCGUUACAAGGAUACGGAUGGCAAGCCAUUGGUAGACAAGAUCCUUGAUAAGGCUGGACAAAAGGGCACUGGCAAAUGGACUGGCAUUGAUUCUUUGGAUCGGGGUAUUCCAGUGACCUUGAUUGCCGAAGCUGUGUAUGCACGUUGCUUGUCAUCAUUCAAGGAAGAACGCACACGUGCUAGCAAGAUCUUGAAGGGUCCUACAAAUGCAAAGUAUCAAGGCAACAAGCAACAAUUUGUGCAACAAUUGGGUAGUGCCCUUUACGCAUCCAAGCUGGUGUCAUAUGCACAAGGGUUCAUGUUGAUGCGUCAAGCAGCUGAUGACUUUGGUUGGAAUCUCAACUAUGCAGGCAUUGCAUUGAUGUGGCGUGGUGGAUGCAUUAUUCGUUCCGUAUUCUUGGGUCAAAUCAAGGAUGCUUACAAUAACAACCCCAAGCUUGAAAACUUGCUCUUUGAUCCAUUCUUUACGGAUGCAGCUGCUAAGGCUCAAGAUGCUUGGCGUGCUGUGAUCGGCACUGCUGCUCAACUUGGUAUCCCAACACCUUCUCUUUCAACAGCUCUCAGCUUUUACGAUGGCUUGCGCCAUGAGCGACUUCCAGCAAACCUUAUCCAAGCCCAACGUGAUUACUUUGGUGCUCACACUUAUGAGCGUCUUGAUAAUCCUGGUAAAUACGUUCACACCAAUUGGACUGGCACAGGUGGUAACGUGUCAGCUUCGACAUACCAGGCUUAA